AACUACAAUGCCCGAAAGGAGAAUGAUUGUAGCGCCCAGCGCUACAAUGAAUGUCGCGCUUCAAAACGCCAUGGCAUGUCGUGUCUUCCGUCUACUCAAAAUGGGUAUCCUCAAGGAUCGCCCUUCCGUCACGUCCACGUCCACCCAAAGGAGCGGUGGUUCCCGACCUUUCCAGUUCUUUAAAAGUACUACGAGCGGAGGAAGUACUACAAGGCAGACUCAAGACGAUACUGAGCAUAUUGCUAUGUCUCCUUCGUCAGGCUUUGGUGGGUCGGGACGGAAUGCAAAAUUGAUCGCGCUGCAGGUCCAGAUUAAUAAAGAGACAGAAGUGAGCAUAGGUAGUCCUGGUGAUUGGAAGGCAGAUGAUUUUGCGUAGAAGUUGGAUGAAAGAGAGUCAUGACCAAUCAUGGGUUUAGGGGUUUCUUUAUAUGUUUGCUAUUUUUUCUCUGCCGUUUCCAAAGGAUGAACUUAUUUAUUGUUUUAUGGGUUGUAUUCUCCUAUAUUCAGAAAAAAUGAUUUAUGUCGUA